UAAACCAAAGUCUAAAGCUCUCUCUCUAUACAUUUUAAAGCACUACCCAUAUCAUAUCUUGCUUUGAUCCUGUUUUUCUUUUUUUAUAUAAUUGGGAUCUAAAAACCAGUUAGUUUGUUGUUGUUCUUUGUGAUUUUCCAUGUUGUCAGUUAUGGAGCUUCAGCUUGGUCUUGCACUUCCAACGCACAAUCCAGUGAAAGGGUUCGACCUGAACCAAAAUGGGUUCGACUCGAAAGAGAUGGGGGGUUGGUGGAAUGACAAUGAGUGCUGUUUGGGAAACAAGUUUCUUGGAAACAAGAAGCGAGGUUUUGAUGAGGCUUUUGAAGAUGGAGGAGAGAGGAAUGGGAAGUUGUGUGUGUUUUCUUGGAAUGGGCAGCCAAACGAGGAAGACGAUGGCAAGGGAGAGAGAAAGGGAAGCUCUAUCACCAUUGACAAAGAUGAUGAAGAAGAAAGCCAUGUUGUGGGGUGGCCACCUAUAAAGUCAUGGAGGAAGAAACUAAUGCAUCAGCACCACCAACAAGGUGGUAGGACUAGGAUAGUGAAAGAUCGGACGGUUGAGAGGGGAACAUCAAACUCGACCUAUGUGAAGGUGAAUAUGGAGGGAGUACCAAUAGGAAGAAAGAUCGAUCUACGACUCUAUCAUUCUUACCACACACUUACAACCACCUUGAUCAGCAUGUUUGCUAAAUAUCAGGAUUGUGAUAAAAUUAGUGAACGUUAUACGCUAACCUACCAAGACAAAGAAGGAGAUUGGUUGCUUGCUGGAGAUGUUCCAUGGAAAACAUUCAUUGAGACGGUGUGUCGUUUGGAGAUACAAAGGAAUGUUGGUUGAUAGAGUUGAGUUGAAGAUCAAUGAUCACCAUUUCAAUACCCAUAUCUAUAGUUUAACAAGACCUUGUUAAAUGUUGUUGUAUGAUUGAAGUGAUUAUAUGUAGGUGAAGAUAAAAUAUAUAGCUUGUUAUUUAAUUAUGAAGCAAAAUGACUGAAAUUAAGGCAAGCUUGUUAUUAUCCUUACAAACUAGAAACUUGUGAUAUUUGUUUUUAAAUUGUUUUCAUUAGCAUCUAUGUUGUUGCAGAGAAAAAUAUGUGAAAAUAGUAUAAUGAAUGUCCUAUUGAUUAUAAUAAGCAGUUCGAAAUUAGUGAAAACCCUUGACUAAAUGUGAAUAUUUUAUAUGAUUUUUGGAUUGAUUGUCUAUAUUUUUAAUAAAAUUAGGGU